AUGAUCACUGUGAGGUGUGGAGGUUAUAGGCUCGCAAGGCCAGAACGCCAGCCACUUCCCUGCUGGAAGUAUGAGCCUCAGAGAAUCUACGGCCAAGAUGUCAGUCCGUCUCUAAUCGAGUUCCCUGUCGGGGACUUGGUUUUUACUACUCACGCCAACUCGCUAUCCCGACGGUACACCCAAUUAGAGCCAGACCUUGGCUCCAUAGUAAUCGCGGUUGACGGAGCGUGCAGCGGGAACGGAACGCCAUACCAGAAAGCAGCCGCGGGUGUGUAUGUCGGUGAAAAUUCUCAACAUAAUAUCAGCCUCCAGCUCACUCCAGAGUACGCAACGAACCAGAGAGCGGAGUUGAUUGCCGGCCUCCAUGGACUCGAUGAAGCUAAGAAUAUCAAUGAUAACGGCAUCGACGGCCAGCCACUAGCCCAAGUGAUUAUUAAGACGGAUUCUGCGUACAUGGUCAAUGGCGUGACUCAAUGGGUUGACGGGUGGGAGGCUAACGGCUACACGAACGCAAAUGGGAGGCGCGUCACCAAUUACUACCUCUUCGAAGAGCUUGCCCGCUGCAUACGUAGACUUGCAGCAUCGGGGGUGAAUGUUUAUUUCUGGCACGUUCUUAGAGAACACAACACCGAAGCCGAUCAGUUGGCAAGAAACGCAUUGACGUCCUAG